CAGUGAAGCGGCAGCGCGAGCGAGGCUGUUUGUACUGAGCAGCAGCAUCAGCAUCGCGCGAUGAUGGCACGGUGAUCGCGCGCGCACGGACGGACGGGCUGCACGUGAGCGCGCUCUCCUCCUCGCGGGUCCUUUGCGAACGCACGCGUACGCACGCACACAUACAUACGCACUAGCGCGCGUACAUACACACCUGAGCGGAGCUACCGGAGACAGAACCGCAGCGCGCGCCCUCCUCUCUCUCUCCCUCUCUCUCUCGCGCUCUGCACUGCUCGUGCACGCGGCCCUGCGCAAUGGCGCUCACCAUCUGCACGAGAUUCACGGAUGAGUACCAGCUGUUCGAGGAGCUCGGCAAGGGGGCAUUUUCAGUGGUCCGACGGUGUGUGAAGAUUUCCUCUGGUCAGGAGUAUGCUGCCAAAAUCAUCAACACCAAGAAACUCUCAGCCAGAGAUCACCAGAAACUGGAGAGAGAAGCCCGGAUCUGCCGGCUCCUCAAACACCCCAACAUCGUUCGCCUGCAUGACAGCAUUUCUGAGGAGGGCUUCCAUUACCUGGUGUUUGAUCUGGUCACUGGAGGAGAGCUGUUUGAAGAUAUUGUAGCAAGAGAGUACUACAGUGAAGCUGAUGCCAGUCACUGUAUUCAGCAGAUUCUGGAGAGUGUUCAUCACUGCCAUGUUAACGGGAUCGUCCACAGAGAUCUGAAGCCUGAGAAUCUGCUGUUGGCGAGUAAGCUGAAGGGGGCAGCGGUGAAGCUUGCUGAUUUUGGUUUGGCUAUCGAAGUGCAGGGGGAGCAGCAGGCAUGGUUUGGUUUUGCUGGAACUCCAGGAUAUUUGUCUCCGGAGGUUCUGAGGAAAGAUCCUUAUGGAAAACCAGUGGAUAUGUGGGCCUGUGGUGUAAUCCUGUAUAUCCUGCUAGUGGGGUAUCCUCCAUUCUGGGAUGAGGAUCAGCAUCGUCUCUAUCAGCAGAUCAAGGCUGGAGCGUAUGACUUCCCAUCUCCGGAGUGGGACACCGUGACUCCUGAAGCCAAAGAUCUGAUUAAUAAAAUGCUGACCAUCAACCCAUCCAAACGUAUCACUGCCUCUGAAGCUCUUAAACACCCCUGGAUCUGCCAACGCUCCACUGUGGCCUCGAUGAUGCACAGGCAGGAAACUGUGGAGUGCCUGAAAAAGUUUAAUGCUAGGAGGAAGCUGAAGGGUGCCAUUCUGACCACCUUGCUAGUCACAAGAAACUUCUCGGCAGCCAAGAGUUUGCUGAACAAGAAGACGGAUGGAGUGAAGGUCAACAACAAAACCAACAUAGCCAGCAGCCCCAAAGACACAGGCCCCGCCCCAGCACUGGAGCCUCAGACUACAGUGAUCCAUAACCCUGUGGAGCGGAACAAGGAGUCAACAGAGAGUGCCAACACCACAAUAGAGGAGGAGGACAUGAAAGCCUGCCACGUUAUGAGUAAAGCACGAAAGCAGGAGAUCAUCAAAGUUACUGAGCAGCUCAUCGAGUCUAUCAACAAUGGGGACUUUGAAGCUUAUUCUAAAAUCUGUGACCCCGGUCUGACGUCCUUCGAGCCUGAAGCCCUUGGGAACCUGGUGGAAGGUCAUGAUUUCCACCGGUUCUACUUUGAAAACGGUCUGUCUAAAGGGAAUAAGCCGGUCCACACAAUCCUGCUGAACCCCCACGUGCACCUGAUCGGAGAGGACGCCGCCUGCAUCGCCUACAUCCGCCUGACGCAGUACAUGGACGGCAGCGGCCGGCCUCGCACCAUGCAGUCGGAGGAGACGCGCGUCUGGCACCGCCGUGAGGGGAAGUGGCAGAACAUCCACUUCCACCGCUCCGGCUCUCCCAGCGUACCCCUCAAUUAAUGGAAUCCGUCACAGCUGAAGAUGAACCAGUGGAUUAAAGCUGGACCUUUGACCCCGGACCAUCCCGCCCAAGCCCCGCCUCCUUUACCCUGUACUGCUGAUGACGUUUUAAGACACACCCCAGUGGGCGGGUCAUACACAGGUGUACGGACAUUAUCAGAGGGAGUGUAUUUUUAACGUUUUAUUUAGUGUUUUGUUUUUUUUUGUUUUUCGGAAGCUGUUUUGCAUUUUAAAUGUAUAGAGAUGUAAAGAUAACUUUGCCCACUCUUCUGCUCCGCCCCUGUCUGAACCGUAUUUUUAUGUGUAUUUACGUGUGUGCGAUAAAUAUAUAUAUAUAUAUAAACACAAAUAUAUACAUUUGAGAGAUAAGAAUGUUAAUAUUCAGCUCGCUCGUGUUCUGGUGAUGUACAGAUGUUGUGGUUGUUAAGAUAAAAGAUAAAAAAAAAAUAAAAAAAAAUCCAAAUUUUGAUUUUUAGCGAUCAGCUGACCUGCAAUCUCCGUUUAACAGCGAUGUUUCCUCCUCAGAACUUCACGUCACUAUGAAUAUUAAUAUAAAAUAUCAGAAUGUAGCAUAUCGAUCAUAUCGAGCUGCGAGUCUGGGACGACUGUUUUUUGCGAAAGAUCCAUUUUUUUUCUCGUUCUGUAACAUAAUUCAUGGCCUAACGGCGUUUCUGUCAAUCAUAGACAUUAACAUUAAUCAACAAGGAGAGCGUUAUUGGUCAUAUCCAGCUGUUUAACCCUUUAAUGUUCACAUCUGUUCUCGAAAAAACUCCAUUUAUCCUUUAUUUCUUUACAUUUAUCAGAUUUAAUUCAGUGCUGUUGUCCUCGCCUGUAUUGCAUUGCAACACUUUACGAUAACAGACAUAACUUGUGUUGAGUUGUGUUGAUAAUUCUACUAUGACAUCAUACUACUAACUAAAAUUAUGUUUAUAUUAAUAAUUAUAUUAACCUGUUGUUGUUAUUAUUAGCAGUUCACUCGGUGACAUAUGAGCAAUAACUAUUUUGGAUUAUAGAAACCGAUAACAUGAUAAUGAUGAUAAUGAUGAGCACGGUCAACUUCGGUCACGCUCUCUGUCUCUUUCUCUAGUUCUCUCGGACUCCGGCUGCUGAUGCCAAGCAGCUUGUUGAUAAAUAAGCUUUCAUUUAAUAUUAAUUAGUUUCUGUUGUUUAAAAUAUUGUCUGUAUGUCACUAUGAGCAGUGGUUAAAUAAUAAUACUUAAAGUCAAUGAUUGCGUUGACGUUUUCAUUCACAGCGAUUAUUACAUCAUACUGUGAACCAUUCACAGUAACUAAUAGACUGGUAAUAAUGAGGAUGAUUAAUAAGCCGUGUAUUAGGCCCUGUUGUACCUGUUGACCAAUCAGAACCAGAAUAAGCUCCAUGGCAUCUUUCCUCACAUCACACCAAAUGUAUCGGGACAUUUGGGGACGGGUUAAGGUGGUUCAUGCAGUUAGUUAAGGUUCCAGCAGCUUCAGCGUCUGUCUUCACUCUUCUGUUUGAGUUACUCAGACUGUAAGCACACUGCCCCCGCUGGCCAACGCUGGUCUUCCUAAGAGGAACUGCUGAACCUCGUUGCUACGAGACCACGCCACAAGCGGUCCAUCCUGUCUGUCUGUCUGUCUGUUUGUUUGUUUGUCUGUGUGUUUAUUCUUGUUGUUUCUUUUAUUAUUAUUAAUAUUACUGUUAUUACUAAUGUUAUUAUUUCGGGGUUCUUCUCAGCAGAACCUCCAGAAUCGAUAUGGGGAUAACGUGUCUUGCCGUGGCGGCGCUAGCAAUUCAACAUGUUUAAAGAGAACUACAAUAAAGGUGUGAUCUGUAGUGCA